AGUUAUUGUACAAACCAAAUUUUUGCACAAUGUUAUUGAACGUCUGUGGGCAGCGUCAAAAUAUUGUGCAAUCCAAAUAUUUGACUGACAAUCUAUUAUUAUAGGCCGCUUUAUGCAGUCUAACUAAGGAAUAGCUGAGCUGAGUGAAGCGGAACGAUGGAAUGAACUUGAUCAAGGCACCUCAAGUUUAAAUGUCAAAAUUCAUAAUGCUAGGGCUUUUGAAUUAAUUGGUGAAAAGUUUUCAUCACGAACAUUAUUAUUGACCACAUUUAUUGGACACAGAAAAUUAAUGUUUCAUAUAAAACAAAUACUGAACAAUAUAGUGUAUGGAGAAAAGUAAAGAAUAAAGUAAAAAAUAAAUUCUCAGUUUAUCAACAACAAAGGACAUAAGUAAAAUGGUGAAAACUAGAAAUAGCAGAAAGCGAACUUCUCCAAAUCCUGCUGAAAAUGAAUCAAAAGAUACUGCAGAGAAAAAAAUAAAAUUAAGUCCUAAAACUUCUAGUAAGUAUUUUGAAAAGGAUGCAAAGGCAUUAUUGUUUGCUGAAGUAAAAACAAAAGAACAUGAAGUACCAGACAAGGGAGAAAGCUCUCUUGCAAACACACAUGAUUGUAAUGAAUCUGUAUUCCAGCAAAACUCCAAAAGGGGCUGUAAAAUUAAAUAUGAAUCAGAUAGUGAUGAAAGUAGUUCAGAUGAAUUUAUGAAAGUUCCACUUUCACUUCAUGAAAUUGGGAAUUUUGAAACUUUAAAAAAAGAAACCACCACUUUAAAGGAAAAUAAUGUAAUUUCGAAUACAACAGAAUCCAGUGAUAGUACUAAUGAUGAAAAAGAAGAAGAUGGACCUAAUGAGUACUAUGACUUCUCACAGAUUAUUCAAUCUCAAGAGCUUAUUAGUAAAACAAAAAAAGAACAAGAAGAGAAGGCGAACGUGAAAAACUCAACUUUAAAUAACACUAAAAGUAAAAAACAAUCUAGACCACCACUAAAAAAAUCAAAGACCCAACCAAAAAGUAACAUUAAGCCCAUUGGAGAAGAAUUGGGUAUAUCAGAGCUGCUAGCAAUAGCUGAGGGAUCCAGUAUAAACACUUCAGGAGAUUAUGAGAAUUCAGAUGAGGAAGAUAGUAAAAACGAACUGAGUACUGAGGAAAAUUAUUCUUUUCCUGAAAAAGGUGUGGAAGUUACAAUAAAACUUCCAAAUUUAAAGCAGAAAAAGAAAAGUGGGGGAUUUGAUAUAGAGGCAGCUAUGAAGAGAAGAAUAAAUUUAAUCAAAAAGGAAAAUCAGGUUUAUAUGCACAAAGUUCAUUUAUUAUGCUGGAUUGCACACGGAAUGUUUUUAAACAGUACCAUUAACAAUGAUGACUUAAUGGGCUUAGCUUUAUCCUUGAUUCCAUCCAAGCAUUGUUACCCACCAAAGCAUGCAGAUUUGAACUAUUUAGAAAAGCUAGUGAGUUGGUUUGUUAAUAAACUAACUGUCGAUAAAAACAGUACAUUUCUGAACAGUUCAGGUACAUCUUUGUUGGAUUCUUUGGAAUCUCAAAUAAACUCAAGGGUAGUAUUAUCGCAAAGAGACCUAGUAUUGAUAUUUUUAUGUAUGUUGAGAUCUUUGGGUAUUAAUGCUAGACUUGUGAUAUCAUUGCGUCCGGUACCUUUAAGACCCCCUGCUAGUGAUUUGUGCCAGGUUAAGCCAAAUGAAAACAAGUCAAAUAGUGAUUGUAAACCCAGAAAAAGUGUAGAUUCUCCCAUAUCAGAAAAGAAAAAAACUUCAAAUCCAAUAGGUGCAAGAAACAAACAAAUAGAUCAAUCAAGUGAGAAAAACUCUUGUGUUGCAUCGUCUUCUAAGACAGAAGUGUCAAAUCUAAAGACAAGGAGAAAUGUUACAGCAGGAAAGAAACUUAGCAAAAGUGAAAAGUCUGGGAUUUCUGGAAUUCAGUCCCCUUAUUUUAGUUCUUCAGAUGAAGUACCAUUAAAAGAGUUAAUAAGUAAAAGUAACUCAUCAAAAGCUUCUGCAUCGACAAACAUGGUCAGCAGAAAUACAAAUAAACUUUCAAAGAACGGAAAAAACGAAUAAAUCUUUGGCUUCA